CUGGUACAAAGGGUGGGGAGGCCACCUUGGCGAAAAAGUGAACUUUUCAGUGAGUUAAAAGUCAAAAAAUAACCUUACAGCGAGUGAAAAAUUGGCCACUUGGGUGAGCUCUUCCCAUGCAAAGAUUUUAAAAUGGCUUCAAGAGGAACAACAGAGACUAGUAAGCUAAAACAGAACUUGGAAGAGCAGUUGGACAGAUUAAUGCAGCAGCUGCAAGACCUGGAGGAAUGCAGAGAGGAACUGGAUGCAGAUGAGUAUGAAGAAACCAAAAAAGAAACCCUAGAACAGCUGAGUGAAUUCAAUGAAUCACUGAAGAAGAUCAUGUCUGGAAAUAUGACUUUGGUAGAUGAACUCAGUGGGAUGCAGCUGGCUAUACAAGCUGCCAUCAGCCAGGCUUUUAAAACUCCAGAAGUCAUUAGAAUGUUUGCAAAGAAACAGCCAAGGCAAUUACGGACAAGGCUGGCUGAGAUGGAUCGAGACCUUAUGGUUGGGAAACUGGGACGAGACCUUUACACGCAACAGAAGGUGGAAAUCCUAACUGCCCUCAGGAAGCUCGGAGAGAAGCUGACUGCAGAUGAUGAGACUUUCCUGUCAACCAAUGCAGGUGCGGCCCUCAGCCAGUUUGAAAGAGUCUCUAGUGAUCUUGGAUCUGGGGACAAAGUCUUUGCUCUGGCAAGUGUUGAAGUAGAAAAAGCAAAACAGUGAAGAGGUGUGUGGGACUAGAGUUUCUCCUGUUGGACUUUUACUGUGUUGUUCUUUUCUUUUUUUUUUCUCAUGAGACUCUCGUGUAAAUUGUUGCACAAAAAAAGACCCUGAAACCUCAUGAUCUUAACUACAAGAUAACAUGAAGUGACCAGACAUAAAGUGCACUUUGGAGACCUCAGUGUCUGCACUCCUCCGCAGUAUACGUACUGAGGCUAAACACUAAGUGGUACUUUAAAAACUAAACAAGAAAAAGUGAACUUACUCUGAUUGUUGUCUUUGAAAAAAUAGAUUGUUUUCCACUUUUUUUCAGUGUGUAUUUCUCUAACCAUUAAAGUACCGUCUUUUUUGCAUAUGAUGGCAGUGAGCAGCUUUUUUCCAAAACAGAGGAUCUCAACAAAUGGAUCAAUCUGCAAAUAGCUCUUGGGCUUGUUUGUAAAGUCCUGUUUUGUUUUUAAUUUGUUUGGAGUCUGAGCAGUGUAGUCACACACCCAUUGUAUCUGUUUAAAAAUGACAGUGUUUGUUUGUUUGGAACCCCGUCUUCCUACAAGCUGUCUCAAACUCCAGAGUGAGACUCUACACAAAACAUCAGUGCCUGCCUGGUCUGUACAUGAAUGAAUGCCAUUGUAUCUUGGUCUUGAUUGGCAAACAAUAGAAGCCCUGUUGGAAAUCUUCUGGAGUAAUUUAACCUCAUGUAUUGAAAUGACAGGGGAGCAUUAGGAAAUGGCAGAGAGAGGCCUGUUGUGUGACCUCUUCCUGUACCCCAGGCUGUAUACUCUACAAGGUACCAUUAUGUUCCCAGAUUUCUAGGGCAGCGUGAAAUAUAGUGCAAGCUGAAACAAACAGAUAAAAAGACCCCAUCAUCAGCCUGAUCUACAUUAUAACUGAGCCAGAGGUCUCUCUUGCAACCCUGUUGUCUCCUGACCUGGAUAUGAGAUUAGUUAAGUUCCUUUGUAUAUGGGGCCUCUCUUCCUAAGAAGAAACCUUGCACUAUCCAGGUUUUUUGCUUGGGUCUGGAACUACAGUUAGGUUUUUGAGACACUACAACUCUUGUUGUAUGGCAAUCAGGUUACUGACUAAUAGGUAGUAAUGCCACUGGGACCUUAGAUUUGCUUUUUAUGGAUUGGAUGUGGUUGUUUUGUGGCUCAAAUGGAAGAGAAUGUGCAUAGUACUUUAGACUUGCAUUUGAUUAAUUUUUCUGGUAAUGUAUCUUCCUGCACCAGGAUAUCGUUCCAACUUGUACAGUACAGGCAGCCUUACUCUCUAGCUCAGUGUUUAUGAAAGCCUUGUGCCAAAAGGCUUUUUUUUGCUGGGGAAGCUUGCUCAGCUGCUUAUUGGAGGUCAAAUUUCUGCUUUGCUCAGUUCUGCAUGCUAGUCUGAUUGUACCAAGGGCUGUGAAUGCUUCCCUAACAGCCAUUCAUGCUGGUAAAUGUUACCCUCUCUUUUUAGCAUUGUUUAUAUCUGUACCUUUUCUCUAGCCAUAAGGGACAUUUCUCAGAUGUAUACUUCAGGGUUCUGCAUCAGUUAGGAAAAUCAGUCCUUUCCCUGCACAGUAGAAAGUAAGCUUGUCAGUUCAUUGCCUGUAUUGGAGGGAGAGAGAGUCUGUCGGCCUGUCUUCAACUUGGAAGCAAGAAUUACAGGGUUCCAAAGCAAGAAUUGCAGAGUACUGCAGUACAUCUGUUUGGGAAUGUGUGCAUUAACAUCUGUAUGGGCCAGAAGUGGUAAUAUGAUAAAUUUGUCUCUUUUUUUUUUUUCCUCUACACAAAGUGUAUCCAGACAGUUGAUGUUUUCGUUGUUGUUUUCAUCUUCACUAGAUGUUUUAGAUAUGAUUUAUCCCUUCCUUUUUUGAAAGCUUUCAGUGUGGAGGAAGCACUAUGAAGUAUCUUUGGCAAAUGGAACAGUUGGCUAAGGGUGGCGUGACAUGUACUAUUAUUAUACAGUACCCCACAGAGAAUGCGUGACUUUAGAAAUCUAAUGUGUUCAUGACUCACAGAUGCAGUCAGUCUUCAUGUUAACAAGCUGCCUAACAGAGGCAGAAAUUUGGUAAAAAAGCUCUUCUUGAUUACUUAGAAAAUUUACAUAUAUCAGCAUUAUCUUUCCAAAAGAUAAAGUAAAUUUCUAUAUAGUGAAGUUAUAUAUAAAAUGGAAUAAUUGAAUGCUGCAGUGACUGCUGCUUAUGCUUACGCUAUAGCAGGUUAAAAUUAUCAGGAAGGAAGAAAUAAAGAUCAACCAUUGUAUAGUUGAGGUGACUUUCUCCAAGAUCUAGGAGGAUGAGAUGUUAAAGCAGUGUUCUGACUAGUGGCUUUACAGAGGUUUGUGGCUAUUCAGAUAGGCUGUGUUACUGCAGGAAGAGUAUCCUUUAUUUGUUCCGAAGUUUUGCUGGGCAAUAGGGAAGUAAAGGCGAUUUUUUUUCUGAGAUCCCCCUAACUCUAACUGCAGCUAGUUGCUGUGGCCUUGAUGGUUUAUACAGGUCUGUCUGAAUGUUGUUUCAUUACAUGUAUCUGUUUGCUUUUCGCACACAAAAUAUAAGUAUUUCUGUAGGAACCACUUUUCCUGGUAAGAGGAAAAUGGUAUAUAAGAUGAGCAAAAAUCAUGUUUUCUCAGUAAACUCGAUCCUUAUCUCAUAUAAAUACCAUUUAUUUGUAAUAACAAUAAGGAAAUACAUAUGUUGACAAAAAGUACAUAGAACAGUUUCUAAAUUAGUACAGGUUCUGGAACAUCAGCUGUCUUUAUGCCAGACAGUGAUUUUUUUUUUUUUUUUUAAUUCACCAUUGUGAUCAAGGUACUAGAAGGGUAAACUGGCAUAAUUCCAUUUGCAUAAAUGGAGUUGCACCUGCAUUCACAAGGAUUGGAUUUGACCCAGUGAGUGGCUCCCUCUGUGAUUAAUUUUGUAGAGCAGUAGUUUUACUUAAAAUAUGUUUUAUUGCUUUAUGUCCACAUUAGAGGCUUGGGAGAAAGUUUUAUGUGGGUUGUUUUUGUGUUGUUUUCUUUGGUUUUGGUUUGUGUUGUCUU